AUGCUGGCCGACGAGGGCAAUACCUGGCGCGAUGGCAAUUAUCUUCUUCGUGAUCACAGGAUGUUACGUAUUCCUUUACGUUCCACUAGUUGUGGGAUGUUAAGGAUACUAAUGAAUCUCGGCUGGAAUCUAUUGAAAUUUGUCGUCCGCAAGAUGAAAAGUUUAGGGAGUCAGCCGCACAAAUCGGGCGACCACUCGUCGCAGGAACCUGGCCGAAAUAAUAGCAAUUUUAUGCUUCACUGUUUCAGAUUUCGGCUGGAUGUCAGAUGGUCGAAUAUUCAACCACUACUCAACCGUUUGCACGGACCAUACUUCAGGACCAUGGACAAGACAUCAGUUACUACCACUAAAAUGAUGCCGAACAUUCCCAAGAAGUGGAAUUCGUUGAGCCUAACGCUUUCUUCUUUAUCCCUCCCACCACUACCCCUGCUCAAUACUAGGUUCAUAACAGAUUCCAAGCAUAUAGCCAUUUGGGGGCCAAGCGCAAAUCCAGCAUUACAGUGCUCGAACUUCAGUAGCGCUCAAGACCUUCAAUGCCAAGUCUUCGAAGACUGCACUUGCCAACCUGCAGAAACAAAAGCGAACUGCAGGUGCAGGGACUUCCCAAUAGGAUUAUGGUUCAAUACCCUCCGGCAUCGCCUGCCUAUGACCUUUCCAUCCCUGACAUUCUUACAGCAAGAAAAAACAGUAAUAGCAAGAGUGUCCAAUAUGAUGGACAUGGGAGCGACACUUGAUGAGAUCUAUGACGAAAUUAAAGCAUCUGAAGCUCUCGACACGUCGUGGAUGCAUCACCUGAUCCGCACCACAUGUGCAAAUAUCAGCGGAGAAGAGCUUGCACGGCGCACGAAUCGUUUUCUCGAAUCUGCCAGCACUUCCAGAGAUAAGAUAUUGCGGCUAACCCAGAGAUAUCUCCUGCUUGACUCCACUUUCUUGUCGCUGAUAAAAGGCAGCCAACUUCCGGCGGAGAGACGUGAGCAGUGGGAAAAACAGAAGACGAAACACGACGUUAAUGCCGAGAGCGUCAUGGUCACCGUUGAUAGGAACCUCACCAAACUGGAGCGAAACAUCGAAGAAAUGAAGUACGAAUUGGCUCAAAUCAACAAUGUCCAGAAAGAGGAGAAAGUGGCGCAUCCAGUUGAGCAUGAUCAGAUUCGGUCCUCCAAGGCUCAGAUGCUGAAUGGAAGCAGAAAAUGGUGUAUGAAUGGUGAUACAACUUUACAAUCAGGGCUGCGCUCGCAUCCUCUAUGA